GAGAGUGAGCAAGAGUAGGUGUGAAGGAGCGGGAGGAGAGGCGCUCGGUUCAGGAUUACAGAGAGGAGGAUGCACUUUGGCCAGGAGACGAGGCCAUCUGUGGGUCUGCUCCUGGCGGUUGCUGUGGCUAAACGGUCGCCGAAGGCCACAACAGCAAGUUGAUGUUGCUGCCAUCUUGGCAUCUAAUUGGGGCCCUCCUCGUGCUCACGGCCACAGCGGGGGACUCCACCAACAACAAGAUCAUCUUGCCACAAAUACUGAACGGUGGAGAUGCCCCUGGCAAGCAUCCAUCCGGAACGAAGACAGCAAACGGUGCCACAAAUGGCGGGGGAGCAGGACUCGUCGGAGUCGUUGGUAUCGCCACAGGAACUGGCAAUACGGUGGUCGGAAGCAAUGGCGUGAUUGUUGCCGGUGGCGGUGUUGUGGCCAAUGGCCCAACCACGAAUUUAAACAUUGUUGUCGAAGAACCCGAAUUUACUGAAUACAUCGAAAAUGUAACUGUACCUGCCGGACGUAAUGUUAAACUCGGAUGUUCCGUUAAGAAUCUGGGAUCAUAUAAGGUAGCUUGGAUGCACUUUGAGCAGAGUGCAAUCCUUACCGUUCACAAUCACGUGAUCACUAGAAAUCCACGCAUCAGUGUCACGCACGACAAGCACGACAGGCAUCGCACGUGGUACCUGCACAUCAACAAUGUCCACGAGGAGGACAAAGGGCGCUACAUGUGCCAGAUCAAUACGGUGACGGCCAAAACGCAGUUUGGCUACCUCAAUGUUGUGGUUCCCCCCAACAUUGAUGAUUCGCUGAGCUCCAGCGAUGUAAUUGUCCGCGAGGGCGCCAACAUUUCGCUGAGGUGUCGGGCGAGUGGUAGCCCGAGACCCAUUAUCAAAUGGAAACGGGAUGAUAACUCCCGCAUAGCCAUCAAUAAGAAUCACAUAGUCAACGAAUGGGAGGGCGAUACAUUGGAGAUAACUCGCAUCUCCCGAUUGGAUAUGGGCGCCUACCUGUGCAUCGCCUCGAAUGGCGUGCCCCCAACGGUUUCCAAGCGCAUCAAAGUCAGUGUCGACUUCCCCCCAAUGCUGCUUAUUCCCCAUCAAUUGGUUGGCGCACCAGAAGGUUUCAACGUCACCAUCGAAUGUUUUACGGAGGCGCAUCCCACAUCUCUUAAUUAUUGGACACGCGGCGAGGGACCAAUCAUACACGAUUCGCUCAAGUACAAAGUUGAAUCAAGCGUGGGCGUGCCUGCCUACAAGACCCACAUGAAGCUAACGAUCAUAAAUGUAAGCAGCGGCGAUGAUGGCAUCUACAAAUGCGUGGCCAAGAAUCCCAGAGGAGAAACAGAUGGCAUUAUCCGAUUGUAUGUCUCCUAUCCCCCAACGACAGUGUCAUCGGGUACAACCGAUUCGCAUUGGGAGCGGGAAAAUGGCAUCAAUGGCAACAAUUACGCCUAUGGGGGUUCGGAUAGCCAACGCUCCAUUUAUGGACAAGAUAAAAAUACGAGAUAUCAAUCGAAUUUGAAUGAAAUCGGUUUAUCUGAACAAAAAUCCUUCCUAGAUAAGACCCAAAAUCCAUUGGCGGCCAAUGGAAAUGGCAAUACAAACGAUCCAGAGGAUGCAGAGGCCAACAGGGGAGCAAAUCCCUCCAAGGCCAUUGCGUGGAUGCUCCUCCUCCCAAUAACAAUCCUGUUAACAAUACGCCAAUCUGCGGUUGGUUCUGGUAGCUCUACUGUAAGUGUAAGUCUAUGAGCUAUGGUAUGGGACUAGAUCUAAGGCUUCAACGUAAUGUUAGCAUAUAAACCAAAAAAAAUACUAUAUUUAAUCGCAUAGAACCACUAGUGGAACCGAGACCCUAAUUACGAUCCGCCCUUCCCCCAUAUAUAUGAGACACACAUCCAGGCCGCCUCAACAGUCAGAAGGAGAGAAAGAGAGAGCUUGUUAUAUGCAUAUGUAUAUCCAUCAAAUCACAUUCUACAUAAAUAUAUAUUUACUCUAUAUAUAAAUCUAUGUAUAGGAACAACCAAAACGAAAAUAAUGAAAGAAAAAAAAACGAAAGGGUAAAUAAAUGCAAUUUCAUUUUGCUUUCAAUGCUGUGCUUCAAAACUGAGAAAUCGUUUCACAUGAUUAUCGGAUCGUAUAAUGUAUCUAUUACAUCAUCUAUCUAUCCAUAUAUAUUUGUGCGUUCAACGCUGAUCAAUACACAAGAACAAACACUCAUGAAUAUAUACAUACAUACAACAGAUAUAUAACUUAUGCCUUAAGGAUUGCAAAUGAAAUAUAUAUACAUAGAUUUAUAGACCCACACACACAUAUCGAGCAUAGAAUAUGUUUAAGUAUUAAAUGCAGAAUAGUUUAUUUAGAUAUAUUUUGUAGUUUAAAGGCGCAAAGAUUUUUGGGAAUUAUUUUUAAAGUUGAAAUUUGAAUGGGAGAAAGCUUUGGAAUAGAAUACCAAACAAAAAUAAAAAAUUACCCGAAAAUAGCAGAAAAACACCAAACAAUUUUUUUUUAAGAAUUUGUUUAGAGUCCCCAGCAACUAUAAGAAAAGUAUAAAGCUAAAAAUAAAGUUGCAAUAAUUUCGAGACUUCCCAACAACCCUGAACAUUUCCAUAAUUUUUUUUUAAGUUCUACAUGAAAUAGUAUUUGGAAUUAAGGGAUCUUUAAGCUUGCUAAAUUAGCUGCCUUUCAGAUUCAGAUUGUUUUUCUACAACAGAGACACCCACACCCUUCCAGUCUUCUUCCAGUCAGAAGUCAGAAUUAAUGUCUGUUCCAUCAUCCAACAAACAGAAAAAUACAAUAAUUUAAGUAGCUUGUAAGUAAAGGCUUAAUAUGUAAUGUAAAGAUUAAACCAGAUGUUAAACAUAUAAGCUAAAAAUGUAAUAACAAACGAAUACUAAUGUGUUGCUUUAUAACUACAUUAAAAAAUUAACAAACAAUGAAAUGAAACAAUGUUGAAUAAUGAGAAAAUAUAUUUGGAAUCGAAUGAUUACAGUCACACACACACACACACACUUACAGAAGAGAAUACACAGUACAUAUAAUCGUAUAUAUAUAUAGCAUCAUAUAUACAGCCCCUGGCCACCCCCCUACACUUACGUACAUAUGUAACAUGUAUUUAAGCAUAUAAAAUGAGUUGUAACUGAGGCAUUAAAUUAAAUAAAAAUCCCAAA